AUGCAGAUCACAACCUUCUUCACCACCGCCGCGAUCUCUAUCGCCUCGGCUGCCGCCCAGUCGGCCACCACCACCGGCUCCGCACCGACCUCGACCUCCAGCGGCGGCGAUCUGAAUAGCAUCGUUAGCCAGGUGCCCCAGUGUGCCCUUACCUGCCUCGACUCCACCGCGACCAGCAUCGGCUGCAGCGCCUCCGACCUCACCUGCCUGUGCUCUAAGUCCGACCAGCUGAUCUCCUCAAUCGGCCCCUGCAUCCUCCUCCAGAGCCAGUGCUCCUCAGAGGAGCAGAGUCAAAUCCAAUCCGUCGCAGGCAAUCUGUGCAGCGACGUCGGCUCCGCCAACUCGGCCGAGCUCGCCUCCGCGUCCAACGCCAUCAACUCCGCGCUGGCGACCGGAACGACAGGCACUGGCACCGCAGCCGCGGGCAGCACCGCCACCAGCGCGAGCGGAAACGCCGCCGCCCGGACGGACUCGCCCCUCGCCAACAUGGGAGCUAUGGGCGCCGCUGCCGCGCUUGCUGUGCUUGCUCUCUAG